AAAAGUCAAACAUUCUGCCGUCACUGUCACUGUCACCUAAAAGGGCAACGAGUUCGAGUUGGAAUUUGUAAUGAAUUUCAAUUUAUUGACAAUAAUAAUAUUGAUUAAGUUAUGAAGAAUUUUAAAUGAACAAAGUGAAAUUAUAAGAUGUAUUCCCCACGGCAGAAGAUUUUGUGGUUUGCAUUUAGUACUCGGAUUCUACUGAUUAUCUUACAAGCAAUAUCAAAUCUUAUCAUACCGGACCAUAACGCUAAUGUAUUUAUUAGCCCCGAAGACCCAAACUUGCGUAAAACGAAUGCGGAUGUCAUCGUCGAUAAGUUAUUAGGGGGCAUGAAAAGAUGGGAUGCCCAGUACUUUAUACAUAUUGCCCAGUUUGGCUACACUUAUGAAAAUUGUCUAGCGUUUUUCCCUUUAUUUCCAUUACUUGUAAGAUAUUUUGCUUAUGGACUGAAUAGUGUAUUUGGUACAGUGCUAAAUUUUCAUAGCAAUUUGUUAAUUUCUGCAACUAUUUUAAAUAUUGUAUUUUUUAUUAAAUCAGCAGAUGUAUUACACAGACUGAGUUUAAGAAUUUUGCGCAGUGAAUGCAGGGCAUAUAAAUCUGUUAUAUUGUAUUGUGUUAAUCCUGCAAGUAUUUUCUUCUCUGCACCAUAUUCAGAAUCACUGUUUGCAUGGAUGUCGUUUUAUACAAUGUUCAAGUGUACAGAAAGUGAGACUCUGAGGUUUGCUAACAUUGACAUAAUGAGUGGUCUACCAGCUGGGUUCUCCAUGAUCACUCGGUCUAAUGGUUCUGUCAAUUUAGGAUUCAUAUUCUAUGCAACUUUUAAAAAUGUUAUAGAGAGAACUAUACCUGAAAUUAUUUACAAAUAUAGGACAUUAAAACAUAAGAUAAUAUUGCCAUUCCUAUUGUUGCCACUGUUGACUACACUUGUAUCAGUGUUUUUGACUGUAACUAUAGCUCUGUUGCCAUUUCUUUUAGUACAGACAUACAAUUACUUGAAGUAUUGUGUACACAAUGAGCACAAUUUACCAGAAUUUUUAUCUAACACUGAGUAUGUGUUGCCUGGUAGUGCUGAGAGUCCAUGGUGUAACAGUAGUAUACCAUUGUCAUAUUCCUAUAUACAAAGUCAUUACUGGGAUGUUGGUUUCUUCAAAUAUUAUAAAUUGAAACAGAUUCCUAACUUUAUACUGGCUGCACCUGUUAUAGUGUUAGUGAUGUACCAUUGCUUGUCUUAUGUAAUAUGCAACAUAAGACUGUGUUUUAGACUUGGAUUGAGAUCUAAUAUAAUUGGGUAUUCAAAUAAGAUGCCUUACAGGCCAAAGCAAUAUUCUAAGUGUUUUGGGGCCAAUGAUCCUAUUGUAUUUGUAUAUAUUGUGCAUAUGUUGUUUCUCUGUGUAUUCUGCAUAAUGUUUGUACAUAUACAGGUGACUACUAGGCUUUUGGCAUCAGCUAGUCCGAUAUUGUACUGGAUAUGUUCAACUAAAAUGAAUGUUGGUCCCACACCAACAUCUGAUCAGAAUACUAUAAAUGAGCAUUUUAGACGAAUUGGGAUAGGGAAGAGAAUACCUUCACAUCAUUUAUCCAUAGCCAAUUUGGAAGGUGUUGAUAAUAUGUACAGCAAAUGGAAAACAUUUAUAAUAUCGAGAAAGAUGCCAGAUGUACAAUCACGAAUGAUACAGUAUUAUUUUAUUGGAUAUUAUUUUAUAGGGACAGUAUUGUUUUCAAAUUUUUAUCCAUGGACUUAAAUGUUUUUUACUGUCGAACUGGACAUAUCAUUUACGUAUCAGCUGCAGACUGAUGGUUUACAAUUAAUCUAAUUUAUUUGUCUACAUAUCAUUUGUGAUAUUUAAAUGCAUUCCAAUAAAACUCUUACUCUUACAUAGUUCAAAGUAAUAUAAUACAUAUUAUUGCUGCCUUAUCAAUAAAUGUUAUAACUACAUGAUAACUUUUACCAAAUUAAUAUUUAUAGAGAGUAGUGAAAAUAGAAAUUAUAUCAAUAUUACGACUUGUUAGAGCCCUUAGUAUUAAAAUGAUCAUGUUAAGAUUUUUAUGCUUAAAAUGGGGCCUUUCAAUAUGAACAAUAUUCAAAUACAUAUGCUACAUUGUCAUUUAAUAAAUAAAUGCUUUUAAAAUAUAGUUGUUAAGGAAAAGUUUUCGUACAAAUUGACUGUUAUUAGUCUAGUCAUUAAUUUUAUGUAGUUAGGGAGAAUGUGCACAAUGAGCAAUAUUAGAUGAAAAUUAAAGUUCUUAUUUAGAUGUAAAAGAAUUGGUAUUUGUUUAUUGAAAUCAAUAAAAUCUAAAUAUGUAUCAGAUCAAGUACCUGACAAUAUAAUAUAAUUAUCAUGUUUAAUAUUGGAGUUCCAUUUAGAUAAAACAAACUUAAUUCUUAUGAAAGUUUCUUGUUAUGAGUAGUUUCAACAGUUGAGUAGGACUAGAAUAAGAUUAUAUCGAUCAAACUUUUGAUCUUCAAAUGGAAUUGACUU